UAUUGUUUUCACUUGUUGCUGAAAAAAGAAAGAUAUUCUCCAAUCUCCACUAAUCAAAUAAAUAAUUAAAUACUAGGAAAUUAUUGUUAUUAUUAUUUGUUCUUUCACUUUUCUUCUUCUGACAAGUUGCGUUAACCAAUCUUUCUGAGCAUUUCAUGUUUCAUGCGAUUAGUUUGUUUUACAUUUGUAUAUAGUUUCUACACUUCAGAUUCCAAUUCUUGUUUCUGUGUUUUUCCCAGAAUAUAACUCUUUACUUGGAUUCAACGCUUUCUUCUUGUUUUCUCAGUUCCUAGUAUUUGUUCUGUACAAUUACCAUUGAUUUGUGAGGUUUUGAUUUUGAUUGAGAAAGCUUAAACUUCAUUAUAUCAGAAUGGUUUCUGUUGAUAAUGGUAAAGAUGAAAUUGAGGAAUGUAAUAAUGGAAGCAUAACAAAAGAGUUUGAUUCCAUAGACAUUUCAUCUUCUCGAAGAACAUUGGUGACCGGAGAAAAUCCCGGGAGAAAGUUCCCGGGGACGUUGAAUUCUAUUCCUAACAGGAUCAGCUUCUUGAAUCUUGGUUCUGCAUCUGCUAAAUUUAAGCGGCUCGCAACUCAGAUGGACCAGGCUUCACAAGCCGUCCCUACUCCUAGUUCGCGUAGCAUAAGAGAACGGUUCAGUGGCAUGUUUGCUAAGAAACUUGAUUGGGGUUCGAUUAAGAAGAUGUCGGUAGAAUGGAUUAGGAAUCCGAUGAACAUGGCACUUUUCGCGUGGAUCUUAUGUGUCGCUGUUUCGGGUGCGAUCCUGUUCCUUGUCAUGACUGGUAUGUUGAAUGGAGUGCUAAAGAAGUCGCAAAGGAAUGCGUGGUUUGAAGUAAACAAUCAAAUACUCAAUGCAUUGUUUACACUGAUGUGUUUGUAUAAUCAUCCAAAGAGGUUCUACCACCUUGUACUUUUAUGCAGAUGGAGUCCAAAAGAUAUCAUUAGACUUAGAAAUGAGUACUGCAAGAAUGGAACGUAUAAGCCGCAUGAAUGGAUGCACAUGAUGGUAGUGGUGAUUCUUUUUCAUUUGAACUGCUUUGCUCAAUAUGCACUUUGUGGUCUAAACUGGGGGUAUAAACGAUCUCAGCGCCCAGCCAUCGGAGUUGGAAUAUGUAUAUCUUUUGCAAUUGGUGCGCCUGCGAUUGCUGGUCUAUAUACCAUUCUUAGUCCACUAGGUAGAGAUUAUGAUUCUGGAACGGACGAAGAAUCGCAGGUUCAAAUCUCAGCUACUACUCUAAAGCAAGAGCAGAUGAGAAUGAAAUCAUUUGAGAAGAAAUAUUCAUUUGCAUCUCGAGAUCAACAAAGGACUGCCGAAAGUAGACCGCAGUGGAGCGGAGGAAUACUCGACAUAUGGGACGAUAUCUCUCAAGCAUAUCUAUCGCUUUUCUGUACUUUUUGUGUAUUUGGUUGGAAUAUGGAGAGACUUGGUUUUGGAAACAUGUAUGUUCACAUUGCCACUUUUAUGCUGUUCUGUAUGGCACCCUUUUGGAUUUUUAUCUUGGCUGCUGUUAAUAUCGAGGAUGAUACCGUUAGGCAAGCUCUAGUAGGUGCCGGCAUCGUUCUAUGCUUUUUCGGUUUACUCUAUGGUGGCUUUUGGAGGAUCCAAAUGAGAAAGAGGUACAAUUUACCUACUUAUGAUUUCUGUUUCGGCAAGCCUUCAGUUUCCGAUUGCACACUUUGGCUAUGCUGUUGUUGGUGCUCUCUUGCUCAAGAAGUGCGGACAGCGGACGCCUAUAAUAUCGUAGAAGAUAAAUUCUUCAGCAAAGAAAUUAAAACUGUUGACCAACUUCAAAUUUCACCAUUGCAUCGCGAAGGUGUCACAUCAACCAAACCCGACACUAGUUCUCCUUUGGGUGUCAACUCUUCUCCUUCGACAUUCAAACCGUCGAGUCCUCUAAGUUCGAGCAGUUUCUUUAUGGGAUAUCGUAGUCCAGAAGGACCACUAUCUUCAGUAAAAGAAGAGCUUUCUGAAAAAGAUAAAGAAGUAACAAUGAAUCCACCAACUCCACCAUUGAUACAAAGACAAUCUCCUUAGUUCUGUGCAUCCUAACUCAUGGUUUUUUACUCUUUCACCCUGCUCAUACUCGUUUAUAUCGACUGUGUAUUUGAGGAGCUGCGUUUUAGCUGUUGAUUUAUCAGCUGCAUCAUGUAAUUGAUUUAGUAAAUGUCUGUAUCAAAUCAAAGUAUUUUCUUUCUUGUUUGAGGCUUUCUUUACAUCCACAUGAAAUGAUUGUAGAGAGCAUUGUACAGUACAUUCUUAAACUAUGUGUUCCUUCUUGUGAAAGUUCAAUUCAUGAAUGUAGAUAAGCAACCAGGUUUUGUUUUCAACUUUCUAUAUUGGAUGAAAUGCUUGUAUAGCUUUCCUUGUUCUAUCCAAGAAACAACCUACAUAGUUUGUAACAAUGAUGCGUGCAUGAAUUUGUUGA